UCACGUCCGACUGAAGUGGUGGAUUUAGGCUGAGUGUCUGACCCGCAUGACAUUCCGUACAUGCCUUCAUCCCCUUUUUCCUGCUGCUGAGCCGGUCAAAUGUGAGCCCUCGGAAAACCCAAAAUGAUCCCGAAUGAGUGUGACGCGCCGGGAUGUUGCUAUGAGAGCUGGCACAGGAAUGAGGACGCUCCACCCAUCGCCCCGGACCAUGUGGUUCCCAUCGCUCCUGUUGCUGUGUGUUUGAGGAGAGGGAGAAGAAAACAGCCGCUGCUCAGAUGGAUCGGACGGACUUUGCGCAUGUUUAAGCCAUUAGACUAGUUUGUGGUUUUGAUAGCCCUCUAUAUGGGCGACUUCUUGGUCACCAACAAGUGCCUCAGCUGCUUUUUUUCAGAGCUCAAAGUAAUUGGGGGAUCCGGUCCCGGUGAAGGCUGCUCCUGACAGGUGCGCACAGUGCGCUGAGAGGAUGGGUAGACGUGAGGCGAACAGCAGAGACGCAAUGAACACCAGUGGACACUCCGAGCUCGGCUGCCUGCAGGACGCGGCAUCCCGGGGCCACCAUGUCGGUGAGGAGUCCCGGAGGCCGGACAGCCACCGUCCCCGCAGCGCGGACAAGCGGCAGAGGAACUCCGACAUGGAUGCUGUGGGUCGGGCACCGACUGCCACAGCGCCGAUGGAAGUGAAGAAACACCAGCACAAACACAACUUGAAACACCGCUACGAGGUGAUGGAGACUCUGGGGAAAGGAACCUACGGCAAAGUGAAGAAGGCGGUAGAGAGAGCAAGCCUGAACACCGUGGCGAUCAAGUCUAUCCGCAAGGAGCGCAUCACCGACGACCUUGACAGAAUUCACAUCCAGAGAGAGAUCGAGAUCACCGCCUCUCUCAGACAUUCCAACAUCAUACGCGUCCACGAGGUUUUUGAGAGCCGGGAUAAGAUCGUGAUAGUGAUGGAGUACGCCAGCAGGGGAGAGCUGUACGAUUACAUCCAGGAGAGGAGGAGACUGCCAGAAACAGAAGCCAGAGGCAUCUUCAGACAAAUCACAUCUGCUGUCCACUACUGCCACAAGAAUGGUGUUGUGCAUCGAGACCUCAAGCUGGAGAACAUCCUUUUAGAUCAAGAUUUGAACGUAAAGCUGGCUGACUUCGGCCUUUCCAAUCAUUUUCAAAAGGACUCUCUACUUCAGACCUACUGUGGAAGUCCCCUCUACGCUGCCCCAGAGAUAGUGAAAGGACUGCCCUAUCAGGGACCAGAGGUGGACUGCUGGGCACUUGGGGUGUUGCUGUAUGCCCUGGUGUACAGCAGCAUGCCAUUUGAUGGGGCCAGUCACGCCACACUCACAGAGCAGAUCAGCCAAGGCCGCUACCGUAGACCAAACCCCCCCUCAGACGCCUGUGCUCUUAUCGACUGGCUGUUGACGGUGCGUGUGGACGAGAGGGCUACAGUAGAGGACGUGGCCAACCACUGGUGGGUUAACUGGGGUUUUGAAGAGAGUGUGUGUGACUGCCCUUCACCUCCACACCAAGAGUGCCCCUCUCCACUGCUGGCUCGCUACAUCGAUUGGCAGAAUCGGGUCGCAGCUACCAGCCACAUGACUGCUGACCCAGGGUGCGCAUCCUCAGACUCUUCAUGUCCACCUCAGCAUUCGCCCCAUCCCUUUUACUUCAGCUUACCUCUGAGGAGCGACCGUGGUGGAGGAAGGGUACGCGGAGGAAUGUCAAGCCUCAGGAAGUCACGCAAGGAGAAUGCAAUUCCCCAGACUGCACUGGGAGCUUGUGGUGGCGUUUGUGCAGCAGAUGCUUCCUCCCCCGCGACUUCUGCCACUUCCACCACUGAAAGAAAGAAACCCAAAGGUAUUCUUAAGCCCCAGAGGAGUUUUGACUCAGUCUUUCACAACCCUCCUCAAGAAAACUCUGAUGUCCUGUCUACCACUCAGCCCCCUCCCUCUACAUUCAGUCAGCCCUCAUCCAAAAUGCCAAAGAAGGGGAUACUUAAAAACUUGUAUGGAGGGGAGUCAGGUUAUAGCUCAGAAAGAAGGAUCUCUGGAGCGGGACUUAAAGGGAGUGAUGCAGGUGAUAUGUUCUCCCACAAACAGCACACUUGUCUCCCAGCGGCAGAAGACAGCCCCACCAUGCGCACAGAGGCAAUAAGAAGAAGGAAAGGUAUUCUGAAACGCAAUGGCAAGUUUUCUCACAGUCUGGAUCUCCCUGAUGACCACCAGUCGUCUCCGUCCUCAGCUCUCACGAUAUUCCCCGAGGCCCUGCAGCAGCUCCUCCAUGCCGCAGGGGGCCCCGAGGGUCGCCGCAGUCGCCCCUCCAGCGUGGUUAGCGAGGAUAGCCUCUUUUCCUCCGACUCCUUUGACCUACUAGACCUCAGUGCCCAAUCACGUCGCAGGAUUUUCUCCCAGGGAACUCAGCACAGUGCCUGCAGCUCCGAGGAGGACCUGGAGCAGCUUAGAGCGGAGGCAGACAGGGUUGAUGAAGAAGGACAGAAGGGAAUGCCAACAUAAACCUAAUGAAUGAAAGCCACAUCAGUGUGAUGAAAAAUUGGACUGAAUACCAGUCACUUUUCUGUGCUAAUCACUGCUUGCCAUUUCGAAAAUUCUCUAAUGAACUCUGACAUUUCAAGUACGCGUACUGUCAAGCACCGUUUCUUGGCAUAUUUGUCUGUACCAAAUCAUAAACUAAACUGUUUUCACCGAUAUUUAAAUUGCAUUCUAAAUGCGAGGCAGUACAGAGAGUGACAAGAGUGUUAGUGACACCUAAAGGGGAUCUAGUAUCUGUCAAAUUGCAAUGAUGGGACCUGAAUGUGGCAGAAUGGACAAUUCAUUUUAUGAACUCACUCUGACCUCACCUGCACAAAAGAUGCUCUUUUUAGAUUUUACAGCAGAUUUCUGUUCAGGCGACCCACAGAAGUCUGGUUACUGUAUUCUGGUAAAGUUAGCACUAUAGCUUUUUGAAAUAGAUGAGAAGUAUAACUGAGCACUAUCUUUGAUAUGAAAUUUCUUGUCAAUAAUGACAGUAAACUGACAUGAUUAAGUGUGUUUUCAUCCACCUGCUUUCAACGCCAUUCUGCACAUAAAAACCCUGGUGUAAAUACUGAAAAUUUGAAUGAAGAUGUUUUCCACUGUUUGAGGUCUGACUGGCGCUCUUCUUCUGAAGUGGUGUUAAUGGCCCCCAAAUGGAGAAUUAGCUCCACCUCCUGUUUAUGAUGCUCGAUGCUCUCAACUCAUAUUUGUCGCAUAAAUUUAGUGGAUAGAAACACACAUUAAUUUGCAUUAACUUUUGCAGAUUUUUUUUUGAAAAUAUGGUUAAAGUUUGUGUUAUGUUUAGACGUAAACUUGACUAUAUUCUGCUCUGUUGUGAGGAUCAAUUCCGCCAAACUUUACAGUAACGCUUUUCUUUACCCUAUUUCAUAAGUUCUCAGUAAAAAUAUAGCCUUAAGAGGAUAUAAGAACAUUUUAAAUGUUUAUUGCUGUACAGUAUUUGACAACAACUUCUCCUACAAAGACAUAUUACUACAACAACUCUGUUCUACUAUAUUGUCAUUCAUUCUCUGUUUAUACAUCAGCCUCCAUUUACGGGUGCCAGUAGGUGGGGGUUAUAAGUUGUUGACAGAUAAAUUAGUAAAUGCUUAUAACUGCUGUUAACCAUUCAUCACUGGCUAUACAUGCUAAAAUGGGGAAAGUUAAAGUAAAGCGUUACCUAUUUCACUACGUUAGUUUUACACAGUAAUGUACUGUGCACAAUUUGCUCCUUUGCACCAACAGUAGAUGGAUCACAUUGCUUUUCACUGUGACAUCACCAGUGCUGCUGUGGAUGUUUAACUAAGCGAUGUAUGCAGUAGAUGUAAUUUUUCUGUCAUUUUCAUAUUGUGAGGAAAAAAAGAAUUCUGUUAACUUUGUUCAAGCAUUUCAUACUUUUUUAAUUUAAUAAAUUAUGUGAAAGUGAAUUCUUUCUCGUUGUUUGUCUGGUGAAAGAACAAUUAUAUUAAGACGAAAAGGACAUUUGAUGACAAAUCACACUUUUACUUUAAAUGUUACUUCUUCUCUAUCCUUCUCUACUUAGGCCCUGAGCAUGACACAAUACAGAGAAUUCAAGGAACGUUGUUUAUGACAGACCAAACACUAUCCAUAAACACAGAGCUCUAUUUACCCUACAGACUGUUUUCAUUAUGGUUCAUGUACUUGAAUAAAAAUGUAUUUGAAAGAAGAAAGCACUCAGCAGAAGAGUUCAGAUAAGGCUUCAGGGAAACAUUUAAAUACCAUUUAAAGUCGGUGGUAAUUUGAGGAUAAAUAUGUCUUUGAGUUCUACAAACGUCGCUUCACUUCAGGUUUACAUUUUGCUUGAUCAUUUUGUAUUAAGAGAGGGUUUAAUACACACAAAACUACAGGUUGGAAAAAGUAAGUUAUGAGUAUGACGCAUGCACACUUUCCUUUAGUUUCCUUUAUUGGCUUUCACUAAGUACUUUUCCAAACACAGAACUGUCUAGUGGAGAGAGCCCAUCAUCACUGUCGCUCUCUAGGUAUCCCUGCUUUAGGACAUACUGUAUUUAAGAAUUACAUUGACAAAAUUCUCAAACUUAACACGAAAUCCAUUCACAGGUUAUUAAAUAUUAUCAAAAAUCUAUAUGUGUCAUAUUUCCUGAAAAGCUGCUAUUUUAACAUGAAA